AUUUGUCGUCAAUGCCCCCCUCAGCGGCCAGAUGCCAUCAAUCGGAAGUGGUCGUCAUGUCCACAGCCAACCCGAAGAGGAGAGAUGCUGCCAUGGACCACCCGCCGUUUCCAGUGGCACACCAAUUAAACACCGAACUCGAUUCCCUCGUGUUGCCAAUCACAGCGCAGUCCCCACCGCUUCGACUACCCGGCCAGCCACGAAUCCUCACGACGCAGAGACACGCAGUUCGGGGGCUGCUGGAAAAAGAAUUCCUCCUCGGGGACCUCGAAGAGAUAUCGGGAUAUCUCUGGAUCAUGUCAAAGCAAGACAGCAAAAGCAUCUCGCCCCUGCAUCGUCAAGCCGUCAAGGGCCGCUCCAUCGUCGUCACCGAAGACCCCCGUCUGCAUCUCAUCUGGCACCACGGCCGGAUCUUCAUCAAGCCCAUCCCCAAGUACAUCCUCUCCCACCGGUUCUGGCAGGCAUUCCUCCCCCCCGAGACCCCCUGGUCGGCGGGACAGGACGCCCUCCUCCGAGCCAUCUUCGGCUACCUGCGAACGUACCGCUCACUCGUGCGGUACGAGUCCGACUUCCGCAUCGCGACAAGCGAGGCCCUCCAGCUGAUACCCGGAGACGUCACGUUCGCGGCCUUCGUCGACUUCCUCUCGCAUUUCGAAAAUAUCCCCGACGAGGACGUGUCCGGCCGCUACGGCUACGGAGAGAUUCGCCUGACGAGGCUGAACUUCUACUGCAAGUUCUUGCUGGGAAAGACGAGCUUUCAUCGCGUGUACGCCCAGUACGGCGAUUACUUUUCGACGUUUUACACGCCGAUGCUCUUUUCGUUCGCGACUUUCUCGGUGGUGUUGAGCGCGAUGCAGGUUGAGAUGUCCGCCGAGGCACUGGAUGUUGAGUCGCGGUGGACCGGCUAUUGGACCUUCUGCCGGUGGUCGAGUCUUACCAUUCUGGCCAUCACGUUCGCGCUGGCUUUUUGGCUGCUGUUGCUGUUUUUGCUCAAGUUUGUUAGGGAAUGGAUCAAGGCUAUCAGUGACCGCAUGGACCGAAGGCGAAUGAUGGAAGUGAAAGCCAGAGGUCCCGUCGCCUGAGGGGGAUCCGCGAGCAUGGCUGAGCAAGGCAUACCUGUUGGCGUUCUCGCUCAGUCAGAGGGAUAAUUAUAUGACACAUAAA